AUGCAGGGAUCAACUCCCCAACAAAAUGAAUUCAACAAAAAGAUAGACAUGAAGAAAGAAAAACAUUCGAAAGAUACAAUCAGGAAAGCAGAAAGACUCCGUUUGGAAAUGGCUGACUCAAAAGCAAAGGUAACUCCUUCUUUGGACACUAUGCUUGGUGAUAAGCACGAAGAACUAGAACAGAGGAAACAGGCAGAACGUGAGGCAAUCGAAAAGAAAUAUAGAUUCGGUUUCAAAAGACAGAUAAAUGACAAUAAGAUGUCCAAUCCGAACCGCGCAAAAUCAGUAACAGAUAAACCCAGCGUACUUCCGGCGGAAAAAAUCGAGACAAUAUCUGAAUAGCACAUUUUGUUCCCUUCUCAUUCGUUCGACUUGGCUUCUUAAAAGAGAGCUUCGUCAUAUUUUUCAGCUAACCACUCCGCUCAUGGAAGUUCACCUGAUGAUUUGAAAUCUUCAAAUUACAACAUUUGUUAGUAUUGACGGUAUGACGGCAGUUUACUUUAUGCAAGAGAAGAGAGCGUUCCUUAGUGACUGCAAUAAGGGAGGAAUUUUGAGUGAGGCCGGAUAAUGCAAUAACAAUAGAAAAAGCAAUAUAUAUUGCAUACUGAACAAACUAUAUAUGGGAAUAAGGCACUCUAUUGAUUAAUUAUCGACAUUAGAAUAAAUAACGUGAAAACAGACUGACAUUGUGAAAGCGGAGAUCAUGAAAGGUGGAGUUCAUAAGUUUUGUAAAGUGUCUCUUUGAGUAUAUUUUUUUACAUGUGUCACGACAGUAACAUAAUUGAAGUGCUGUUGAGUAAGUCAUUGAGUUAAAGAUACGAUAAAUAUUUUUUUCAAAACAAUAGUAUCACUCUUGAACUAAGAUCAAUAAAAGUGAUUUCGAUUUACGAUGUAUGUGACGUGACUUUACCACACUGCUUGUUUUAUAGCAAAAAGUUUGACAUUAGUGACAUUGCGCCUUUUUCAAAAAAUCUCAUACCUUAGAAGCGUACUGUAGCAGAUAAAAAUCCAUACAAGCCGUAAACACGUUGAUUUUAUCAUACCGCAGACUUAUUCAUUUAGCGAUGUAUGUGCUAAAUCAGCUGAAUUGUGGAAUUUU